ACUGUUUUCGCUGCUUCCCCCUACAUUACAGUCUCCAGUCUGCAUCGGAUCUUAAUCACGUGCCAGAUGUCUAAUAAACAAUUCGAGGAUUACAAAAGCUUAUCCAUCACACAAGUCAAAUGGUACAAGAUUGUGGUUAUGGGUUUAGUUGCUGCAAUUUGGGUUUUGUACUGCAGGGUUUCCUGGCCUGACAGCACCAUCCCUCACCCCCCAAGGCCCCGUCCGGCACACAACUCCUCCAGCUUUCUCUCCAGGGCAUUUGCCAAUCUGAGUCAUCUUCUGUCCUGGCCUCUGACUCCAGGAGAUAGAGGGGACAUUUUGGCCUCCACCAGCCCCCAGACCUCUACUUACCACCUGAGGGGUCCUGCCCAGGCCAGCUACAUCCUGGGAGGUUACCUGGAGGCUGUCCUUGUGGCCAGGGACCACUGGGGCAGACCCAAGACCCAUGGCGGAGAUCUGUUUCGAGCACAGCUACUGGGUCCGGAAUUGAAAGCAGGGGUCCCCGGGGAUGUCCAGGAUCUGGAGAAUGGCACAUACCUCUUGUCUUUUCCCUUGCUUUGGGUUGGGAGGGCCCAGGUGCAAGUGAGGCUGAUCCACUCCAGCGAGGCAAUUGGGGUUCUUCGGAGAAUCUGGAGAGAAGAAGGGGCCACAGUCGAUUUCAUAGGCUAUUUCCGGGGACCCACAGGAUAUGAAGAAAAUGUGACCUGCAAUGUGAACCCUCUGUUGACUGGGGAGGAAGAAGCUAUCUGUUACUACAAGGAUGAAGAUUCUGGUGAACUCUGGUUCUGUGCCCGGCCCCUUACCCUGCCCUGUGACUCACUGGUAGGACAUUCAGCUGGACAUUACUGGGAUGUGACAACACCACAUGAAGAUGCCCUGUUGGCAUGGAAUGUGACAGACAAAGUCCUCCCUCAGGGUAUUGGCAUAGUCCGAGUAUCUCAGGAAAGGAACAGGAAGCUGGUUCCAUCUCCUGAAAAAACAUGCUACCCUGGGAUUCCAGCCCCAAAGCCCUCUGGCUUCUACCACCUAAACGUGUGGCACUCUCUGGCCUGCUCCAGCCGCUCCUUCCCCACUGCUAACAGCAUCCUGGGCUGCCUGGCCAGCCGCAUCGUCCACAUGAUGGGGGACUCCACGCUUCGGCAGUGGUGGGAGUAUCUGCGUGACACUGUGCCCUCCCUGAAGCCAGUGGAUCUACAUGGCACAUAUCAGGUGGGGCCUCUGAUGGCCGUGGACACAGCUCGGGGCAUAGUGCUGCACUGGCGGGCCCACAGCUGGCCCCUGCGCACUCUCCGCACACCCGUCGCCUCCCUGCACUCAGUGGUCAGGGAGCUGGCAGGCCUGGCUGGGGGUCCCCACACCGUGGUAGUGCUGGGCUUGGGAGCUCACUUCACCACUUUCCCUCCGUCCAUCUUUGCGAGACGCCUGGCAGGGAUUCGGACAGCUGUGACAGCCCUGCUGGCCAGGGAACCCAGGACUCUCGUGGUCAUCAAAUUGGCCAACACUGGCUACAAGUCUGUGUAUGGCAGUGACUGGUUCACCCUCCAGAUGAACCGGCUCCUUCGAGCUGCCUUUUCUGGUCUCCCUGUGGCCUUUGUGGAUGCUUGGGAAAUGACCUCCAGCCUGGCCCUGCCAGACAGCAUCCACCCGGGGAAACUCAUUGUCCGGAAUGAGGUGGACCUACUCCUCUCCUUCAUCUGUCCCACCUGA